CUUUGGAGACUUCCUGCACGUCACAUCAUUAGUCGGUCGUCGUCAUCGGUUGUGCAACAGUGAACAAACCAACGAUGAAGAUAUCCGACCUGAAUGUAAUGCGCAUGGCUGUGCUGCAGCAUCUUCGUAUUGUUUAUGGAAUCAAGCUGAAGUCUACACUGAACUUCAAAGACGAUUCAAACACAGGGCGACCAUCAUGCCCUGGGGAGAGCUCGAUAAAAGUUUUUGGUGUCCCACUGGAAAAUGUGUAUGCAUGUGCUGUAACUGAGUAUGGACUGGUGCCAAGAUUUUUGGUGGACGCUUGCCAACACCUUUCAAAGUAUGCUGACACUGAGGGCUUGUUCAGGAAAUCUAGCUCUGUCAUACGUCUGAAAUCCCUCAAGGCCAAGCUGGAUAAGGGUGAAGAGUGCCUCUCCACAGCCUCCCCUUGUGAUGUGGCUAGCCUGGUGAAGCAGUUUUUCCGUGAGCUGCCAAGCCCCAUCUUUCCAGCAGAGUUGCACCAGGCUCUGCUCCAAGCACAGCAGCUUCCCACAGAGAACGAGAGGGCCUCGGCCACCCAGCUGCUGUCCUGUCUCCUGCCUGAGACAAAUGCGGUGACUCUCCGGUUCCUCUCCUGCUUUCUCAACAGGCUCUCGCAAAGAGCUACUGAGAAUAAAAUGACUGCUUAUAACUUGUCAGUGAUCUUUGCUCCAAACCUUUUCCCCUUCAACACUGGUUUGAAGGCUGUUGCGGGCCAUGAUAAGCUUGAAGUUGCCGUCAUGUACACUUUCAUCGAAAAUGCCCACAACAUUGGUGUUCUCCCUGAGGUUGUUGUGGACACGGUCCCUUCCCUACUGGAUACAGGUACGUUAGAGGAGAUGGAUAUGGAUCGGAGGAGGAACAGGAGAGGAAGACUAUCUGAUGCAGGUUCAGCUUUGCUUGCAUCAGUGCAGAGGACUCCUAGUUCCAAUGCAAGGCAUUCCUCUCAGCCUUCGAAAGAAGGGUACCAGACCAGAAAGAGGAGACCAAGAGAGAGAAGGAGUUUCUGCUUGGGAAUGCUUCCACGAGUUCUUUUCAAAUCAGGGACAACUGAAUCAUCACCUCUGUUAGCUGAAAAUGAAAGACCUAGUGGUUCUUCAAAAACAAACCGAUGUGCAUCAGUGUACCAAAAAGUCAGAAGGGCUGUCAAAGGAAACAUCAGCUGUUUGUCAUCAAGCAAAGAAGAGGAACAUUACACACCAAUCUCAUCAGCUGUGCCGUCACUAAACCUGCAUACUGAUACACCUGUGGGAAUAACUUCAGGAAACACCCAGAAGCCCGAUGCUGCUCCCAGGAAGAGCUCCUCUUUCUCAAGCAUACUGAAGACGCUUUGCUGUCUUUCUGACCCAGGUCACUCUGAUGAGCCUGAACUUUGCUCCUCUAGAGCCUGUGACCUCACUCAAGAUGGCGGUCGUGUGGUUAUGGAUUCUCAAAACAAUAACACACCGCAAGUCAAUCCUAAUGCCGGAGAUGAAGACCAAACACGUUCAGCACCGACCGUGCCACCAUGUGCCACUCCACUCGGGUCUAAUUCUCAAGCGGACACAGCAGCAUCGCCGUUUAAGACCCCCACUUCCCCAGCUCUCAUAUUUGGGUUUAACUGUCGAGCGAGAGAAUUGAGAGAGUCAAAAUAUGAAGAAACACUAAAAGAAACAACUCCGGAAGGUGGUCAUAAAGAUUUGGUGGUACUUGAACAAAGCAAUGACGCCCCAGAGGAGGAUGACCAGCUUGGUGGUGCUCAAGUGAACACCGCAUGUGGAUCACUGCCUAGCCAGGACCCAGCGAGAGUGUGUCUACUGGAGCCAGGUGCUGGUGCUGCUCAGCCUGUGUUGGCGUCCGUAAUGGGCUCAACAAUCAGGAGGACACUUGCCGUUUUCCUGAGCCUGGUGAUGGGUUUGUUAGCCGUCGUUUCAGGCCACAGCCCCCGCACGGCGGACCAAGUGUCAGAUGGUGACAUCCAGCGCCUGCUUCAUGGUGUGAUGGAACAGCUGGGUAUCGCGCGCCCCAGGGUAGAGUACCCAGCGCAUCAGGCCACCAAUAUUGUAGGCCCUCAAAGUAUCCAAGGUGGAGCCCAUGAGGGCCUUCAACACCUCGGACCAUACGGCAACAUCCCCAAUAUUGUAGCAGAAUUAACAGGCGACAACGUUCCCAAAGACUUCAGUGAAGACCAUGGGUACCCCGACCCUCCCAACCCCUGCCCGCUAGGAAAGACAGCGGCAGAUGGGUGUUUGGAGAAAGCCCCAGACACUGCAGAGUUCAGUCGUGAGUUCCAGAAGCAUCAGCACCUCUACGACCCAGAGCAUGACUACCCAGCCCUGGCCAAGUGGAACAAGGAGCUGUUGUAUGGAAAACUGAAGGGUGGACCAAAGAGAAGAAAAAGGAGCGUCAACCCGUACCUAAUGGGACAGCGGCUGGACAAUGUGGUCGCCAAGAAAUCAGCGCCACAUUUCUCUGAGGAAGAAGACACAGUCACCAGCAAGCCUCAAGCCUCAACCCUGAUCCACACAUAGUCACAUCUACAUUACAACGUUAAAACAGUGUAUAUCAAGUCAGAAGUGUAUUUCAAUAAUUCUCCACUGAAUCAGAAAACUUUUAGAUGGGCUGAAGAUCCCUCAUGUAACACUUAUGCUGUCACAUUGGGCUAGGCUACUGUUGUAUAUUAAAAUGAUAUCUAUUAAAAUCUAUGUUCUUAUGCACA